AUGGAGGAUGAGACUGAUGUCUCGACUCCGAGCAAAGUCGCAUGUAGAACAGAAACGCAAGUAGAAGUCGCAAAUGCCGAUACUGGCUCUGGUGCGGUGGUGGAACAAGCAGCGGUAGUUGCUGGUCCUGGUGAGUUUUCUUCAGAGGCAGACGUCAGGCGUGAUCAUGAGGAGGCAGAACAUGAAGCAGAUGCGUCGUCUGCGGCUGCAGCUAUACUAGAUGGAGGAGUUCUUGCAAGCUCUCACGUGGAAUCCUCGCAUCAACUUCUUGGCGAAGCGGAAUCGGAAUCUAAUGCAGCAACACAAAUUCCCGCUCGUUUGCUAGAUGAGAGUGAAUCUGCAAAUGCGGCAACACAAGUUCCCGCUCGUGACGCCGCAGCAGCAAGUGUCGAGGUCUUUGAGCGGUCUGAUGUCCUCUCUCGUUCUGCGGCACAUGGGCCACUUUCUCCUCCAGUAGCGCCUACUACGGAUUUAGAGGCUACAGCAAAAACCUCUGCUGCUAAUUUAGAUUUUUUGUCGACUUCCAGUGGCAGUGGAGCACAGAAUACCGAUGUUGAAAAUGCAGUCCUCUCUGGUGUCGUCGGUGUGUCUUCUUCGGGUGCUGCUUCUUCUUCCAGUGGCAGUCCU